ACACUGUACGGACCUGGUCGCGCGAGACUAAACCGCACAGGUGGCUACCGAGCACAGCCUGGUUCCCAAAAUAGUCCCGCACUUACGGUUAACUUUCGCAAAGCUAUGAUCGUUACAGGAAUUGCGACUCAAGGUUACUAUGGUGAAAAUAUACAAGAGUGGACCAAAGGAUACAAUUUAGGAUAUACAUUUGGAUCCAAUACACACUUCUUUAAGGAGAGAAACAGAAUCACCACUAAGGUAAAUGGACAAUAUUCUUUUAAUAAAAGCCGAGAAAGGGUUGGAUGCGAAUGUGGACUCGCUUUCUUAUCCACAGUCAGGUCAAAAGCAAGAUACAGCUACAAAUUUUGUUACCAUCCUCAGUGGCCAUAAAGUAUCUAACAACUGCAGUCUGUUAAUUUGAUUGUAAUUUCAAUAUACAGAGAGAAUCCGAAACCUGAUCAGAUUCCAGAGCAGUCAUGCCGCCAGCACCUUGCUGGCUCAUUUAUAAUGUACACAAUGUUUAAUUCAUGACGGUUUUACAGAUGCUUACUUACACACAUUUAUUUUCAGCAAUUUAAUGGUAACGACGAUAACAACACUAUUGUCCUGCACUAUGUUCCACUGCCAGCGAUGCUUACUUCUAUCCACGUGAUUCCGACUGAGUGGGAGAACAACUUUGCUAUUCGACUUGAACUUUACGGCUGCAUCGCAGGUAAGUGUAUGUUAGUUUUAUUCUUGCAAGAAAUGUUAUAAUGAUACUCUUGUUAAUAGGAGAUGCAAGUUACUCUUUUUUUUUUUAAAAGUGCAACUGGGUUCGGUCGCGCGCCGUUCCCGCCGAGUCGUCCCGAUUCUCCAUGAAAAUAAAUUGACGGUAAGGCUGGUAAAGUUAUGAUAAUUCAGUGUGAGAUAAUGUUAUCUCUUACUUUACAAGCAAUUAUGUAAACAAUUCUGAUUGCAUCGAAGAAAUGAAAACGAUGAGUACAUGGUGAUAAAUCUUCCUUCUUCAUGAUAAACUACCAUGAGAUCCAUACUUGGUUCGGAUUCCUUGUUCCUCUGUAAGCCAUGAUUUAUGGAACAUUUACGUUUCAGAUGGAAAUGAGUGCGAAAGUAUUCCCUGCCAAAACAAUGGAACUUGCUGGGAAAAGAUCCGAGACUACCAAUGUAACUGCACUGCUGGAUUCAACGGCACGGACUGUGAGAUAAGUACGUUUGUGUCUGUAAUAUUAACCUAGGUUGAUUCUCAAUUUGCCCUAGCCCUAAUUCAUGAAUAAUCAGGGUUAAGAGACGAAGAAAAUUGAGAAUCAACCAAGGGUAAAAAAUUCUAACCUGAAUUUAAUUUUGACCUAUAACAUUUAUAUUACUAGUCUCAUUGACUAUAACAACUAACUAAAAAUGGUACGCGCGUUCUGAUUGGCUAAAAACCUAUCGUUCAUUGUGCCGGUAAUUUGAUAGGAAACUUAAAGCUAUUUUAUAAAAGCCAUAGACCACACUUUAUAUGGGUUUACCGGCGUGAUAACCCACUUGGGAUGUUGGGAGAACACUCGAAAAGCUUGUUCUCCCAACAUCCCAAGUGGGUUAUCACACCGGUAAACCCAUAGAAGGUGUGGUCUAUUGCUUAAAUAUAUAGAGACCUUAAACAUCUCAAAACAUGAGUCCUGCAGGGAUGUCAGCGAACAUUCAUCACGCUCGCCUUGGCUCUUAUCAGCGGUGGUACUUGUAGCUUUUACUAUUUCUAGCUGUUCAAAUCUUUUCUUUCCUCAGACAUAGACGAAUGUGCUAGUAACCCUUGUCUCAACAAUGCGACAUGCUCUGACCAAGUGAAUGACUAUAGGUGUCACUGCGCGCCAGGGUACUCUGGGAAAUCGUGUGAGACUGGUAUGUAGUAGCAGCAAGUGGGCCUUAUAAUCUGUAAUUCACGGCUAUUUAACAUAAAACUGAAGAAAAAAAAUGUUAGUUUAGGUUCUAAUUCUUACAGUAAACGUCCGUAUCAUUUAACGAUUUUCUAUAAUCGACGAUUUCUCGCAAAGUUAGUCCAUUCACACAAUCCGCUUUUUCCAUUGCCGUUGAAGUAAUUUUAAGGGGUCAAGUAAGAACCAUAACUCGUAAAUCUCUUGUGCUACUGGUGUACCUCAAGGAUCAAUGCUAGGACCAUUGUUAUUUAUCAUUAAUGAUUUUCCCAAGUAUUGUACGUAUUUCUCUACUAGAUUAUAUGCAGAUGAUUCAUCUUUGACAGCUUCUGAAAGCGAUCUUGACAGCUUACUAUGUGAUAUUAAUAAUCACUUACCAGUUGUCUACGAAUGGUUAUGUAGUAAUAGGCUGACCUUAAAUUUGACUAAAAACUAAGCACCUUAUUUUUAUGCAUCCGGCCAAAAGGAAAAUUACAGCUUCUUUUUACUAUUAACUUUUGAAAAAGUCUGUUUAGAAAAAUCUUCUGGUUGUGUCAAAUAUCUCGGUGUGUAUAAUUGAUUGACACCUUAACUGGCAUGACCUUAUUGACUACAUAGGUAGAAAAAUUUGCAAAAAUGUAAAUAUAACGGGUUAAGUUAAAGCAUUACGUUUCAACUGCAACACUUAUUAGUCUGUACUAUUCUCUUAUGUAUCCUUAUCUUACUUAUGUUUGUAUACUGUGGGGAAAUAAUUAUAAUGCUCCUCUUUCUCAAAUUGUAAAAUUUCAAAGCAAAAAGCGGUUCGUAUUAUCAAUGAUGCUCCUUUAUAAUGGGAUCAAUAAAUCCACACUUCGUGUCCUUAUAGGCUUUUUUAAAUUUCCUGAUAUUGUUAAACUGAAAACAUGCUUACUUUUUUAUGAUUAUUCAAGUAUCAUGAAACGUUUCCUAAUUUAUCUGUUUCACUAGCAGUUGAGGUAAAUAAUUAUAAUGCCCGUAAUGCCUCUUCUGAUCAAAAAGCUUUAUCUGUACCUCGGACUAACUUAACAACCGGUCAGAGAUAAGCCAACUAAAAAACGUUUAAAAACGCACUUUUGCAUUGGCAUCUCGCUCAAUACUAGUGAAACAUCUAUUUUUAUUCAUUUCCACUUUUUCUUCCGUCGUUUUUUAACUUAAAUCAUUAUUUAUUAGAACCUGAAAUAGUUUCCUAUAUUACAUUAUUUUAAGGGUUAUAUAAGUUGACCUACAACCCUGGUCAAAACGUCUUGGGACACUUGAGGAAAUUAGGCACAAAGACGCACUUAAUUUGCUAAAUAAACUCAUAUUCUACCUCUUAAAAACGCUUGGGGAUGUUGCUAUAAGGGGCUAUUUCUGCUCCCCCCCCCUCUCCCCCAAGCAGUAAGUUUUGAUUGUGUUGAAUUAAAACUUGAAUAUAUAACGUCAACACUGCACCGAGGGGGAAGGGGAAAGGGAAGAUGCCUCAAUUUGACGAGCUAUUUCGUUAGUGUCCCAAGAGUUUUGACCAGGGUUGUCUGAAAACCCCUUCUAUAUAUAGGAAAACGAGUUUUAAACAUAACGAAACUUAGAGAAAAGUUGUGGAUUUAUAGGUAUAGCAAUCUUAAAAAAGUUACCAGGUGUUACCUUGUACUAUUUAUUCCGAGAUCGGAGGCGCAUAGAUGAACGGUUUCGAAUGCAUGCUUGUUAAGUAUCCUCAACGUACUCAAGGGCAAACUGUGAAAACAUUACAGCAAAAAGUAUCGUGGGUUUAGGUUUGAAAUGGCAAGUACAAAACAUUUCUACAUCAUCCACACGAAAAUGGUUACGCAUAUUUACAAGCAGAGAAAAAUGGGCUUCUUAGUGAAAAUAAUCGCAAGUUGCGUGUACGAUUCGGCGCUCGCAAAAACCUGAAACGUCCAGUUGCGGAAAACCCUCCGAUUUGGACGAAUGAAUCGAAGUGGCCUUUUAUUUAGAUGCCGUGUCCAUCGUCCACAAAUACAACAAAACGUAAAAAAAAAAUCACUGAUAUGGCGACAGAAGGGAGAAGGCUUUUCGUUUUUAUUAGGUGAUACUAAGGUUCUAAGGACUUGGGUGAAGCCAUCGCUUGUAGAAAAGGGGUAACACUAACUGUAACUUAUGAGAAAAUGAACGGCAAUUUCUUCGCUCAGUUGAAUAAGGAACCAUUUUAAUAUAGCGUUUGGUCGGGCAAGGCCGAAAAGAAACGGAAGAAAACUCUUUUUAAUGGACAACGACCCAAACAAGCAAGCGUGCGAAGAAGCUAGGCCCUAGAGGAUAUACUGAGACUGAUAUGCGUCCAUUAUUUGCAUAGAAAAUUUAGAUAGCCUGAUCAAAUGUUACUUAGAUGAAGAGGCUGUAACACAGAUUUUUACAAAGGAUUCAUUUAAACAGCUUAAUGCAUAAGUUUAGGAGCGUUUGAUGAUUGAUUAUUUUCUAUCCAGAGGAUAUCGAUAGUCUCAUAUCAAGUGUAACUCACAGAAUUGAAACUGUACUUAUGUCUAGAGGUCACCGAACAAAAUAUUAACUUAGAGUGCACUGUUACAGAAGUCCUCACUUUUUAUUGUAUUUCCCAUGACUUUGUCAGUUGUUACUCUGCCUGGGGGCAACCUCGUAGCCCUAAAGAAACUUUGAUGUCGCUAGAAUUCUUCUGUAAGUUACUUUUAGGAAACAAGGAAUUGCGUGACAGUUGCUCUGAACAGUUCGCGCAUCAUGAUUUCUCACUUGUUUUAUGGGCCGUCUUGUAUGAAAUGCAACUUACAGGGAGCUCUAUUCUUUAAAAUACACUCUUGGUAAAACUUAUCAUUGUCUUAAGUUUCUUUUCCCUUCGUUUCUUGUACACAAUAAGCACGUUAUGGGGCUCUUUAAGCAUUUCUCACCUAAAUGACAGUAAAAGAUUAAUUAAAAUUCAUUCCUUUUUUGUUAAUUCUGAGGUGAAAAAUGUUGAAAUUUGUACAUAUUUCCUGGAAAGCGCGAAAAAAAUGUCCGUUUAGAGGAAAUGGGAUCACUCUGACUAUAUUUUCGUUAUGAUUGCGGUACGAAUUUCACAUAAUACGUUUGAAAAUCACUUUUCUUUAGUGAGAAAUGUGACUGAGAAAUGUGUCUGUGUCUCAACGGUAGCGCCCAAGUACCAUUCUUUGCCUUGAAUUUUCGAAGGAUUCUACCUCUAAACUAAGUUGAUGAGCAAGUCAUUACUGUACAGAAAUCACUAAACUGCUAGCACCCCUAAGAAAAACGAUCGUUUGUAUUCGAAUUUUUAAAUAGAUCGUGUGACCAUUCCGAGCUUCCCGUUUGGUCAUGUGACCUGCCCUAAUCAGUUUAAAUAAGGCGAUAACAACUAAAAUCAACUUCUUUUACUAAACUGUAGCACUAUCUUUUCAAGUCGGAGUUCACUGUAAAACAAAACAAGCCUACGUAAAUAACAUGAAAAAAACUUUUUCGAACUUUUCCCCACAAAUAGACCAACAAACCAUCUCACAUAUUUGCGUAUACUACUGUUGCAGUGAUAAAACCUUCCAAAAUAACGCAUAAUUUAAGCAGAAAGUAUAGACAUGGACUUUUGGGCAGUUAUAUGAAAAAAGGAACAAUUUGAGAACACGGAAAAUAGUAUAAGUCUGUAUUUUUAUUUUAAACCCAUUUUCAGACAACGUUGUAGAUGUGGCCCCCUCCUUUCCAUUCUUCAUUCUUUCUUCUUUUUGUGACAAACGUCUCUGAGGUAAUGAUCUUAACUGUACUUUAUCACAUAUUAAACAUUUUAUGACUCAAGUUCUAACGUUUGACUCUGAUUUAUCUUGUACUAUUUAUAAUGGUAUGGAAAAAAUAAAAUGAAAUGAAAUAAAAUGAAAUAAAUAUCUAUCAGCCGACGAUACGGAUACUCAGGGCCAAACAAUUACCAUCUCUGAAACCCCUUCGAAAACGUUUACGUCUUAUUUUAGCCGAAGUAGCUCAUCAAAUCUUCUUUACCCUCUGACCACUACAUUUACUCACGGAUCGAAUGCAAGGUUCAUGAGGGUUGUCCUUAUGUAGGGAUCGUUCAAAGCUUGGGCUUGUCUGUUGAUUUCGGUGAACGCGGUAUAUGUUCAGUAGGUAUCUUUCCGUGUUGCCUUGCAGAAAUUAAUGAAUGUUUCAACAAUCCAUGUCGUAAUGGUGGUACAUGCACAGACCUUGUGAAUGGUUUUACGUGCAGAUGUCCUGUUAAGUUUGCAGGAUCACGGUGUGAGAAAGGUGAGCGUUAUAAUCAUACAUUUGCCAGUACGAUGUAACAAUCACGUUUUUAUUUUGAAUUAUUUUGAACUUCAAGUAAAUGAUUCCCAACCCCAUAUUGGAGAAAUGGGGUUAUUGGGUUCUCCUCUGGUCUAUGUGGAACCUCACUUUUCAUCCUUUUUCAUCGCCGUUUUAUGGGCGUGGGCUACCAGCUAAAAAUGUGACAUCUGCUUCAAAUUUCCAAUCUGUUCCUCUUACGUUUAAUUAACAAAAUCUGCUUCUGCUUCUUGGUUUUGCAGAAACUGGAUUCUUCCUGGUUGUGUGGCUAAACCUGAAGAACAUGACAUUCACCUUUCCUCUUGCAAAUCAAAGUUCCACUCAGUAUCAAAAUACAGAAAAGGAGGUCCUCGAUGCGGUAUGAGUAAGAAUGAUCUUAAUCACAGAACAUUGAUAUAAGAACCUCCACUACAGGGUGUCCCAAAAGUUCGUUCCUCUACUUUAUAAGACUGUAAUGUAGUCCGAUUGGACUUGGUAAGCAAAUCGCUGAAACAAAAGUUGUGUUUCAUUAUAUAAUUUAAUAUUUUAUACUUGGCGUGCCAUCUUGUGACGCUAAUAUUCGAUUUGUGUACUUCGCGCCAAAGGUGCGCGUGCGCGAGUACAUUUUCCCGCCACAUAUUUUUCGUAUUCUGUAGCCCAAUUUGCUCAAAAUUGUUCCUUGUGUUUUGUGAAUAUCAUGAAAGAAAAAACCCUCUAAACGCAAAAACGUUCAGCUACAUGAGAGCAUAAGCAUGUUUACUUCGAUUUACUGGCUUAUCAGUAGAAAUAACUGCUAAAAAACUGGAAAAAUCCGAUUGUCGGGUUAGUGAAAUGUUCAUCGAGAAAUGAAGGUUUUGAAGACAAAAAAAGAAGGGGAAGACUGAUAGUCCUGAAUAAAACGGCUAAAAUAGUUUUGAAGAAGGUUAGAUAUAAAAGAGACUACUCAGUGAGAUAGCUCUCACGAUAGUUAGCAAGCCAAUUCCAGAGCAGUUUCAUGAAAAGCGAAGGCUAGAGGCCCCAGAGAUGACAACAAAACCUCUGCUUUGUCUGCCAAACACGAUCAGCUAGUCUCAAAUUUGUAAAGAUGAACAAAAGCGUUACUCUGGAUAGGGGCUGGGAUGAUUAUCCUUUUUUGGAUGAAUGCUCAAAGUCUAUUUUUUUCAGCUGCCUAAACUAAAAAAAUGUUGUUUGGGGGGUCGAAGUGGCGAAGUGGCUCCCGCGUACCAGGUGAUAAAAAGGCUCAAAAUAGAUUAUAUGUGGCUCUAUAUGCUAUAUCCCACUCCAUGCCGCAACGGCUACAGAAUGUGUUAAAAAAACAAAAGCGGAAUGCUGGUUACUGAAGUUCUGAAGACAUGUACUCGAUAAAGCAAUAAACAUUUUUUAGAAAUUUCAUGCCUGAAUAAAGCUUUGAUCAAAAGUUAUAGCGCAUGAAAUUAGAGGAACGAACUUUUGGGACACCCUGUACUACCCUCGUGUUAGUGGAACAAACUUUCUCCAUCUAGCAGUCCGGUUAAUGUUGUUUGUGACCGAUCGGUGUUUUGGCAAGAAAUAGUACCUGAAUCGCUUUUGUCAAUACCAGUAUUAUUAACAUCAACAUUGGUCGGACCGUUAAUGCAUUUAAAAAAUGCCACAGUCAUUCUUUUUCAGUUAACUGUAUACUUAUUCCUUUGUUUUCCCGUUGCAUGGUCAGUUAAGCUGAGGCACUCCUAUAAAAUCUACCCAAAUUCCAUUCUUUGGCUCGUAAACUUCCUGCAUGUUAUUUCUGUGAACAGAUAGACAACAUGCUGAUUACAGAAAAAGGUCAUUUCUUUGGUUCCGCUUUAAGGAUGUUCAGGUAUGUAUGCCAUGCUUGAUGUGUUAACAAGUUUUAACCACAUAAAUGAUAUGGGUUUGUGGGAAGGAGAAACUGACAAAUUGUACAAAAUUGUGUUGCCCCCUAGAGGCAGCUAUUAAAAGUGUGGUACAAUGUCUUCCUUGCAAUUUUGUGUUUAUAAUUGGUGUUCUUUUUGCGUCAACGGUAAGGCUAUGGAGAUUGAGUGGGUUGCUGAUAGUAAGAGUUAAUGGGUAUGCUAUAGCUAGGAUUUAUCAUCUUUUGCGUGGAAGCGGCUUUUUGUAACCAUUAUUCCUUCGACUGAGAUAUUUUGCAUUUUAGUUCGUGUUUUUAUUGUUAUUGUUUCGUACCAGUCCAUCAGGCACACGUUCAGUGACGGCUGAAAUCCUGCUCAGUACUACGAGGAACAGCACAAAUCACAUAAUUAGUGUUAUCACUCAGAGACUUAAGACUCAUGUGGGCUUUUUUGAUAAGACGUCCAAGUCUUUUGAAAACAGAGGUAGGCAUAGAAUAUUGUUCUUUACACAGCCAUGAUUUCUCCCUUUCAGAGAAAUCAGAAGAAUUUCCCAUUUCUAAAACAUCGAAACAGUUUAAAAGUUACAAAUCAGCAUGAAAGUCAGAAGGUUCUUUAGACUCAAAACCAUUCUUCCUCAUUCUUCCUUGCUUUAUCUAUGUUUUUAGAUACAUCAACUACGUGAUCCCUGUCUUGAAUUAAGAAUUUGGAAAAUUUGCGACUGGACGCACCAAAGAAGACACUUAUUCUAGACUUAUGCUAUUACCAAUGUUCGUCAUUGACACUUUCUUAUUUUGUAGGCAAUCCCUCUUGCAGUCCUCCCAACAUUACGAUGUCACUUUCCAAGGAAUUUGCAAAACCAACUAAAAUGAAAAGAUCAGAAAAUUUCAAAUUUCAAGUGGAUUUCGAAGUCGAUUGUAGGGUUUCCGGUGUUAUUCGAGUAAUAUAUAACAUUGAAAUGUACAGCAUUGACUCUAAUUCUGGAUCGUAUCAAAGAAAAGUGUACAGAAUAGGCACCACUGUAGGGGACUUAAAUGAAACCAUUAUUGGUAAGAGUUUCGAUUACGAACUUUACUACAUCAAGCUUACGGGAUCCAUUGAAGGAAAGGACGAAACCAGGGUUAAUAGCUUUGGUUAUGUAGAAGUGACAUCCACAGCGUUAAUUGCUAACAUAACUGGUGCCACCCAAGCAUCUCAAGGUAUUAAUAAAAUAGUCACCCUUAAUGGCUCACAGUCACAUGAUCCGGAUGUAGGGAAAGGAGAUUACACGGGGAUAAUUUUCACUUGGCUCUGUAUAAGAGAUUAUGAGCUGUUUCCUAAUGACACUGCCUCACUUCCAGUCGUCCGUCCUUCUUCCGGGUCAACUAAAGUUUCACCUGACCAAGGUGGCUGCUAUGGCACCGGGGUAGGAAAGCUUGAAUCAAGUCCUGUAGCUCCGUACAUUGUUGAUCUUGAUAUCGAUAAGAUGAAGGGAGAUCAAGGUUACAUUAUAGUGCUGGUCAUGACUAAGAGGGGACUUACAAUCACCACUGCUCAUCAUCUUCGACUUAAAGAGGAGAUCCACUUGCAGAUAUUGUAAGUAGCAUAAGCAGUAUUUAUUAAAGCGAAUUUCACCACGAGUUCCUUUUAUCUCCAAAAAAUAAUCCCUGUUCCUUCUAUUUGUGACUUUCUUUUAAUGGCGUCCAUACUGGCGAAAAAUGGACUGUGAAAGAGGACUGCUAAUAAAAAUUAUGCAUAGUGAUUUAAGAAAUAAGAAAGCUUUGCUUUCUCAUUUAUAUUUAUUUAGAGUAGAAACGCUUUAGGACGAAUAGUAGCUUCCAUUCUCUGUUAACAAUGUCGGUGUAAGCGUCGCCGUCAUCGUUUAGUGUAAAACAUUAAUCUUUGUCACAGGAACUGUCAUGCACUGCUAGAUUCUUCAGCUAAUCCCUUUUUCAACCCAUUAAUUUCCAAUUUACAAUCAGAUUUAAACGCUUGCGUUUCAUUAUGGCUUACAAUUUACCAGAUUCACUUGGUGAAGUAUAUAAUCUGUGUUACGUUAUUUAUGUUACUUUAUAAUUGAUAUUAUUGUAAUAAAAGUGUUUACUUUGUUGUACACAGCUGUGUUCAAAAUUGCCAAGGUCAUGUUAUCCUGUCAUCUCGGCUCAUCCUGGAAACUAAUUGUACAGGCUUGCUGUGUCAUCAACUCUCUGUUUACACUUGGACAAUGAAACUUCGCAACACACAUAACCAGGACUGGCAGGAAGUGACCAACCUUGAUGACCUAAUACUUACGUACGGAAAUUCUCCCAACUUGGUAACAAGGCAGGGAAAAUUACGUGGAAACUCCACCUACCUUGUUACAGUGACAGGAGUGACUUCUAAAGGACACAGUUCUUCUGCAACAUUCUCUUUCGUUACAAAUACUCCCCCGACAGGAGGGACAUGCAAAGUUGAUAAACCUGAGGGAAAAGCAUGGGAAACAAAUUUUGUGUUUACAUGCACUGGCUGGCAUGACGUGGAUUUACCGCUGACAUAUAAAUUUCGCUAUAACAGCAGUGAUGGCAUUGAAAUGGUUUUCAUGUCGGGUACUUCCCAUGAGGCUACAGGGAAGUUGCCAGUUGGGGAUCCAAGUGAGAAUUAUAAACUUCAAGUGUGCGUUCUUGUUAUUGAUACACUGGGAUCUUCAGUUGACAUUUGGAUUAGUGUAAGGGUAAGUAUGAGGAACAUUGGGACGGGUUCGAAUAUUAGGAGUUGCGCGUUUCGCUUUGAGAGAUGACAAAGAAGUUUUUUCUUGAAAAGAGACAUAAAGGGCAAAUUAUUAUGGGGACAAAAAGGCUAUCUAAUUAUACCACCAUUUCUGUUUUUAAAAAGUCGUUUUAAUAUCUCAAAGUAUGUUGAUGACUUAAAUGGAUGACUGUUUGCUGACCAACUUUACCUCUCAUAAGGUUACUGAGCCAGUGGUGACAAUUCAAACGCUGGAGGAUGACGUAUCAUUGGAAGGACCAAUGAACCAAUACCUGAAGGACAACAACAUCGAGAUGGCGGCUCAAAGGGCUACUGCUGUUUUAUCAGUUGUGAAUCAUGCUCAGCAAAAAGAGCUCAGACUCCGCGAUAAAAUUAUGGUAAGAUUAGGCUUUCUCAAUCGCGUGUAUGAUUCCAAAUAAAUUAUUAUUACACAAUGGAGUCCCUCCUUAAGACCACCCCGUUUUAUACGACCGCCUAGUUAUACAACGACCAGGCUUUUAUGGCCCAACGGUGGCAUGGUCGCAUUAUCGGCGUUUCAUUGUAUUGGUCUGCAAGAUGGCGUCCGAUUGACUGGCGUUUAUCAGCCAUUAUUGCUCUUGGGUUAAUCUAGAAAAGAAAUACAAGGAAUAAUCCGUUUUAGCCUACUGAAACAGGUGGAUAGUGUUUUUGGCGCGCUCUGAUUGGCUACUCAAUCAGUGAAUAUCCUGCACUAUUCACUGAUUCACCUCCAGUUCCUCCGAGCGAGCGACUCCAAACUCGCGUAAGCUGCGAGCAAAAUGCCUUCCCGGUUUGCUGCCGUAACAAACAAAGAAAUUUCACAACUAAUCAAGCAAGCUGUUCCUGAAAAACACGAAGAAGGUGACGAAGUUCGGUUUGGAAGUUUUAACAGGUAAAGCUUUGUCUUUUUGACUUGAAUUUAUCGAUGAAACCGGUGAAAAAAGUUUUUUGUUUACAAAUGCAAAUUAAGCUUAAGUCUUGCGUUAUUUUAUUUAGUUGACUUGUUCAUAAAUAAGCUUAAAACUAAAUUUAAUAAUCUUUUUUACAGAAUGAUUUUAAUUACAAAAACAAAUCACAACUCCUUUUGAAGAAAUUUUCCUGCAAGAGCUAAACAAAUGCCUUCAAAAGUUUUAUUUGUCGGCAAGAAAAGUCGACGGCCGCGGCUGUUCGGUUAUUGCGCGCCAAAAUUGUCAACGUUGGCAACCGUAAAUGAGUUAAAAAUCAUCAUUUUUGUGCUUAAUUGUCUCACUGUUUUAGUAUAUAUAACAAUUAUUCACCGACACUGAGGUGAAUAAUUGUUUUAGGGUAUACUUAAAUUAAACUUUUGAAGGCAUUUGUUUAGCUCUUGCGGGGAAAUUUCUUCAAAAGGAGUUGUGAGCUUUUCGUAUUUAAAAUCAUUCUGUAAAAAAAGAUUAUUAAAUUUAGUUUUAAGCUUAUUUAUAAACAAGUCAACUGAAUAAUUAACAAUUAUUCCUGGAGCCCAAAAUUGUCUUAUUCCUAGGGUGACUCCAACAUCCGAGUCUUUGAUUGAUGUCAUCAUGACUUCCAAUUCAGCCUUAGUUACCGAUAGUGGUGUGGUUGAAACACACAUUAGCGAUCAUUAUCUGGUUUAUGCGGUACUGAAUUUCAAGGCGCCGAAACCACUGCCUACUUAUGUUAUAUCUAGAAGUUAUAAGAAUUACAACUCUGAGAGCUUUGUGAAUGAUCUUGCCCAAGUCCCAUGGUAUGAAAAUGCUUUGAUUGAUGAUGCUAGUGAAAAAGUAGAACAUUUUAAUGAGAAAUUUUUGGCAGUCCUGGAGCGUCAUGCGCCUGUCAGGAAAAGGAAAGUCAGNUGUUCUAGUAUAAUUCAACUAGUUGGUUAAAAAUAUCGAGAAUUAAAAAUUUUUAGCUGGUUAAAAGCUAGACUUUAAGCUUUUUUUGCCCCCAAAAGCCCGCGGUUUUCGCUAAUAGGGGGCUAUAACAUAUAGCCUAGUAGUAGCUCAACUAAUCAGAACGCCGCGUUGAUAAUAGACCACUAGAUGGAUUUUACUAAAGUAUAUUAUUCGAUCCCCAAAACAUUCUUGUUUUCGAUAAAAGAUUAAUUCCUGAAUAGUCUAGACUGUAUUCUUAUCUCUGAAAAGGAUCACUCGAACGCGAUCUAAAGGUGGUUACCUCUGCUCUCCCUUCAUAAGUGUAUCUCUAACCCGGUGUAAUUUUACUGUCAAUAACUCGAGCAACCUUCAUUGUGAAUAUCAAGAGAGAAUGAGCUCCUAUGAAUUUAUCCUAUGUAGGGCAGAGAGUGAACUUAAUCUUUCAUCGAGUUGAUAGCCUUAUAUGUACACCCUAAAAAUAGCAUAGCCAUAAUGGCUCUUGAUCACAGUAGAUUACGCCUGGAAAACAAAUCAGGCCGAAUUUUUUGCGUUCGACAAGUUUACUUUACGAAAUCUUGCCAACAAGUCUGGGGACGUGUAAACCAACCUUUUAUACUUUUUAUACAUCACAUCUGAGGUGAAACAGUACCAUGAGGCGCUCUUUUUAUCAUACAGACCUCGGACAGAAACCGUUAAAAAAUGCCGGCGUGUUCUCACUUUUGACAAGCGCCAAAGUCGACUGUUUAAAUUAAGAUUAAUAGAGUUAUACGCGUCAACAUAAUAAAGAAUUUAUUAUGUUUAUUUUUUAUCUAAUGGUUUUAUAACGAUAUGUAAUCUUCCAAAGCGUUUGAUACGCGUGGCAUUUUGACGACUCCUGCAAGCGAUUUUCAUAAGCGACUGAAAACAAACGGCACAGCUAUUAAAAUUUCAAAGAGACUACUAACAAUCAAUAAUAACAGGAAAAUAAUUCGGUGAAACAUAUACAGAGACAACAAUUUUCAUUCACGAAGACAAGUAUUAAAGUGUCUCUGAAAAUCCUUGUUUAUUGUUUAUGUUUUAAGCCGGCGUCCCGGUGUUUGCUUUUUUCAAAGAUGAACUCGAGGCAAGAAAAUCGCUCAAAGCUUUCUUUUACAGCCAGAAUUAUAACUUUGGAACGUUUUCUUUCUAUUUGCUGUGAGAAAAUAUCUGAAGGCUUUUUAAAGUUCUACAAGCUUAUCAAACCUGAUACUCGGUCAGAUCAUUGUCUCAAAUCUUACAAACGUGCAUAAACUAAAUAGCCCCAUAAACUACACUCGACUUCAUUGAAUAAGAUAUAAAAAACAAACAUCAAAUAAAAUAAUUAUUCAGGCUUACCAUUCGAGAUGCACUGAAAACUAUCAAGUAAGGCAAAAAUGGCUUCAGACUUUUUAACCCUCUUACCCAUCAAGCAAGGUGAAAAACGAAAACGAUGCUAUCCGAAAUCGGAUUUCCGACUUUGACAAGCGACGUAUUUCUCAGCCAAAAACCCGAUAAACAAAUUGGCCAUGAAUAACAGAAGACUCUUGAUAGCAGCUGAAUUUCAUUUUGUACAAUGUUCAGUGGAAAAAGACAGUUAACAACAUCACAAGUUGACACAAAACUCAAAGUAAACAAGUUUCAAGAUGCUGCAUAAAUUUUCCGCAUGAACUCACCUGUCAAAUUUUGACCAAUCAGAGCAUAAAAAUUGGACGUAGGGCGUGACCAACGCGUGACCUUGGUGAGAAAAGUCAAAAGCAACUGGCAUGUCUUCCCUGCUUGUAAAAACUGGCUGAAUCUUAGCUUCCGAGGUCAGUUUGAAAUCAAAAUUUUAAUUGUGCGGCACAUAUAAAACACAACAUAUUCCAUAUGAAUUUAAAAAAUUAAACUUGAGCCUGCAAUCAUUUGAAAACUAGAAAUUUGUCAGCGGAUAACUUCAAAAAUAAUCAACCUUGAUGGGUCGACACCUGAGCCCGCGAUACGGUCAGCUGAUACUGGUCAGCGGAUACCCUGUUUUGACAGCUGUCAAUUGAUCACAACACUGGUGUGCAAUAUGUGUGCAAUAUCAGUCUUCCUGUGCUCCCAAACUAGCUAGAAAGUGUGGGAUUGAACAUUGGUUUUCCUGUGGUGCGGACGGACGGGCAGCGGGCGGGCGGUGUACGGUCACGUGAUUUCAAAAUUUUCUGGGAUGGGUAGAUUUACUUAGCCAUGGUGCUCCGCAGGCGCGCUUCGCGCGCCAGAGCUCCGCUACUAUAAUUGCUUUUAUUUCCUUAGAUCAAGGAUUCAAUUGUCAAUUCAUGGUCGACGGUUAACGUUUCCAGCCUACAAGAAGUAUCGCAAGUGUCAGCGGUUGUUGCCAGUGUGGCGGACAGAAGAAAUGAAGUCUCAAUUGAUUCCCAGGUAAAUUUACAAGGAAAAGAGAGAAUCACAAUCCACAUACAUUUCAGGGCAAAAUUAAUAAGGAAUAUCAUGAGAUGAAAGAGGUGUAAGAUCUAUUAUGCUGUAUUCGGCGUUAUUAUUUUGUAUUGUAUAUUUAGAAAGACUCGACAAACUGCAAUUUGUGCCACGUAACAAAAUGUUUCCCCCUACCUUUGUUUCACUGUUCGUUAUAUCUACACAAAAUUGGCAUGUGGGUUUCUUUAGGUAAGAAUAUACAUGGCUGUACCUUGACACAUUCCUUGUGCAGGGGUACACCAAUCCAAGGUAUCAGAACUCUGGAAACAAAAUUAAUGCUUUUCCCUUUUCCACAUUAGGAAAAAACAAUUAUAAUGUUGGACUACAUGACCACAUUUAUGACCCAGGAAACAGGAAAAUCGAAACACGGAGAGGAGGAGCUCAUAGAACAAACUGGGACCGCUUUACUGAAUGGACUGGGGAACUUGUUGGAUAUUACUUCUCACGAGGCAAGGGAUGGCAACAGCGUGGAUGAAGAAUCAUUGUUUGUCAGUACCCCUGCGAGAAGAGAAAAGGUAAAAAUACACUAUUCAAGAACCAUCGUCAGUUAUAAUCGAUAGACAUCAAAAUAAAGGAUUUAAAAAUUCAGUGGUACAGGCCCGAAGCGAUCACUUGACAUUUGGUGAAAUGCUGCUCUUUCUAGGUUACCAAUUUCCAAAGUGAAACAACCCCUUGGAAUCAAACACAAAAUAAUCAUCGGACAUAAAUAUGACGGAGAUUUCGACGCAUACGUUCUUUGCCUUAUUACUAAAUACUGUAUUUCCGAGAAAACUAUGCGAAGUCUUGGGUAAAUGUAUUUAUUUCUUACUUACAGUCUAUAUAAUAUAGUAUUGUUUAAAUCUCUAGAGUAAAUCAUAUUCAACACAAAUCCUGGACCUUGUGAAUCGCGUUGGCAGCAAUGUGGAGGCUAUAAAAGAACUCUAUGAAAAACCAAGCGUUCUUAAGACCCGGACCCUGUCCAUGGUUGUUGAUCGUCAAAUUCCCUCUAGAAUUGGCGGCAAGGCUUUGGAGGACGAGAGCUCGAAAGUUGUCAUACCGUCUAUUGAACAGCUAGUAGGAGACGAUGGAAAUCUCGGGCAGUAUCUAUCAAGUCAGGUAAGUCUUCCCAAAAAAUUUUCAAAGAUUAAAUUUUUCGAAAUAAUCCAUGUAGCGUAACCAUGCUGUACUCAAUUUUUUUGACUUAAGGGGGAAUUACGGUUGGUUUUUUGAGGAAAUGAUGUUGAUUUAGGAAGGAAAUAAAUUAGGGUAGAAAUGGUAUACACACAAACCAGUGAGUCCGGUAGUUGGAUCAGAGGCACCUUGUUGUGGUGGUGGACCAUUUGGUAAUUGUCUACUAAUUAUUUACUUCAUAUUUUAAUAAUCUUUAACAACCCCCAAAUCCAAUAUUUUCCCAAGUUCCCAUCAUUUAAUUCAAGGGAAUUAAAACAGCAUAACGUACAUAAUAGAAUUGAGAACAGGCAAUACAUGUAACAGAUAAGAUGAUAGAACUGAUGUCUUGACAACCGAAAACACAGCAGGGUUGUCAGUAGAACAAUACAGAGGACCUAACAAUACAAAACCAAAAAAAAAAAACAAUGAGUUUGCAAUUGAACAACAAAAUCCAAUAGUAGAGAGCUGAAUGAGGCUGAGUAAAGGUGGAGUACUCUUUCAAGUAACCUAUUGCUUUAUUAUUUUUAUCAAUCUUCAGUUAGUGACAUUUAAAAGCAACCCUUACACUUGGGACAAUAGUGCCAGUGACAUCAAAUCUGUUGUUCUUGACUUUGAACUGAAAGACGAAAAUGGCCACAGAAUCAAUAUCUACAACCUCGAGCAGGAAGUGGAACUUUUUCUGUCUCCACCUAACCAAAAUGUAGAAAAAGUGAAGGAAUACUUCGUAAAGCCAAGCAACAACGGAACGAUGCAGCUCCACAAGUUGGAGUUUCCAGGAGCCGAGUAUGCUAUCUCCAUCAGAAUUGUUCCUAUAGGUAAUGAAACCCUUAAGCUAUAUUUACGGUACGCGCAGAGACCGACGCUCACGAAUUACAGUUUUACAGCGACUGUUCCAGACUACAGCUCUUGCAAUUAUUCCUUGGAGAAAGGCUAUACAAACUGCACUUCUGACAUUUUUACGGUGACUGUCUCCUCUGCUACAACGGGACAUACAGGGCCGCACUACCUGGGUGUAGCCAGUGAAAGACUUUCCAAUCAAGAAAAAAGCAAUAGCAGCUCACGAGGUCAAAUGAAGCGCGUAAGGCGAGACUGCUCGCAUAAUGGUCGUCAAAAGAGAUCCUGUGUAGGUGUGAAGGAUCCCCCAACCACUCCUCCCCCAGUUUUGGUAAUAACGCAACCAUACAACGCAAGUACGGAUGUAAAUUACACUUUACAAGUGAGCAUGGCGACAUGUCAGUAUUGGAAUGUUACUGCGCAAGCGUGGACCACGGAGGGAUGUAAGGUAGGUCAUACAGGUCUUAUUUGAUAGCAAAGUCAAGGCUUAUUUCAUAACUAAAUUCUUAAAAUAUUACCCUGGUAAAUGUCGGAUGAAAAUUAAUUUAACACGAGAAUUAUCUGAGGCAUUAAAAAGCAUAGAGCAUAUUUUAAAGAAACCCGUACAGCCCAAGCCUUAAUGGUUGUGGGAAAGAAUAACAGAGCUGAAUACUUACAAAUGGUCGACAAUUUAGAUCCAGGUAAUUUUCUAUCGCCACUUAGGUAGUACAAAACCACUGACAGUAAAAUGGGAUGUUUAAUAAAAACCCAUUCUUGCUGUAAUCUUUAACUCCUUGAUUGUUUUGUUUGAAACUAGGUUGGACCAGACUCUAGCCCCAGAGCUUUACAUUGUCUGUGUAACCACUUAUCCUCGUUUGGUGGAAACUUUCUUGUGGCUCCAAACCCAAUAGACUUCGAUUACGUGUUUAAACAGUUUCCUAACAUCUUCGAUUCUGGAAACGUGGUUGUCUUAGCGACCGUGUUGUCCAUCUUUGGUUUGUGGUUUAUUGGGCUCCUUAUUGCCAGACGAGCUGACGAAAAGGAUGCAUAUAAGGCAAGUGAUUUGUCCACCUUCCCUACUUAUCACAUUCGAUUAGAUUCCACGGGUAUGUUUCCAAAGAUCAGAGAACUUUCCAAAACAUACCCGGUAUUCGGGUAACUUCUGACUAAUCACUGUUAUUCUUUUUGUGUUCUUUUGACAGGCAGUUGAAAAUCUUCGCCUUCAAAUGGAAGGGGGACGCAUGUUUGAGUUAUCAGUGUAUACUGGUAUAUGGAGAGGAUCCGGUACAUCAGCCAACGUCGCUAUGAUCAUAUACGGGGAGGAAACUCGCAGCGAAACUCUACAUCUAUUCGACAGAUAUACCGACAAAAAACUGUUUGCUAGAGCAAGCAUCAAUAACUUUUUGAUUUCUCUACCAGAUAAUCUGCUGUCUCCGAUCAUGAUCAAAAUUUGGCACGACAACUCCGGUAAUAACCCAUCCUGGUACAUCAGUCAAGUUGUAAUAAGGGACCUGGAAUCAGAAGAAAAAUGGUAUUUUCUUUGCAAUCGGUGGCUUGCAGUUGAUAAAGAGGACGGGGAGGUCGAAGCUGACAUACCACUCGCAAGUGAAAGAGAUCUCUCCAAGUUCAAGUACAAGUUCUUCACUCGGGCGUCAAAGAGUUUAAGCGAUAGCCAUUUGUGGCUUUCUGUUGUGACCAGGCCACCUCAUAGCCCAUUUACACGUGCACAGAGACUUUCAUGCUGUGUCUGCGUGUUGUUAACUGCGAUGCUCACAGGGGCAAUGUUUUACCAGUUUGGUGAAAAACAAGAGGACACGCACAAGUUUGGUCCACUCAGAUUCAGUUUAAACCAGCUUGUCAUAGGCGUCCAAAGUGCUUUGAUCGUUGUUCCUUUAAACUUAAUGAUUGCAACUAUAUUUCGAAACAUCAAGGUUUCAAACGACCAAGAACGGACAUCACGUUAUGGGAAAAAUGAAGGCUCAGUUGUUACUAGUUCUUACAAUACUAAUUUAAACAAACGCCCUGGGUGUCUUCCACAUUUCUUUGUAUAUAUUGCCUGGUCACUUUGCAUUCUUUCUUCGCUUGCAGCAGGGACAUUCAUCAUAUUCUAUAGCGUUCAUUGGGGAAAAGAAAUAGCUAACCAAUGGCUUACGUCCGCUUUGAUCUCUGUUAUCCAAGAUAUAGCAGUCAUGCAGCCAAUAAAAGUUAUCGCUUUGGCUUUAUUUCUUGCACUGAUCCUCAAGAAACCACCCGAGGAAAAGACCGCACAAUCUUUUCAUGAUUCCACUUUAAGCGAUGACCAAAGCAUUAAAGUUAUAGCCCCGAAGGGAAACGAACUCACCACAGCAAGGAAAACGAGGGAAAGCGUUGUAGAGACCGUCAGUACUCUUGCUGAGAUCGUGAUGUUUUUAGUGUUUGUUAUUUGUCUCUUUCUGGUAGUGUAUGGUAAUCGAGGAUACAGUCGUUACCGACUAACAGCCAGUCUCGAGAACAUUUUUAAGGAGUCAUUUGAAGAGGUGAAGGUCCCUAGAAAUGUUUGAUAAAGCUCCUUAUAAUUAAUAGUGUGACGGUGAUAUUUUCACUAUGCUAGAGUAGAAGUGGCAAAAAGCGUGGAAUGGAACUGAAAGGGUGGGAGAAGUAUUCCAAAACGAUUGCUUCAGGCAUUGAGAAUUGCACACUGGGAAGGUCUUGUUGGUGGUCGCUAAAACAAAGCAUUGCAGUUAUUUCCGUUGCCCAAAUGCCCAAUGCCAGAUUGCUAAUGACCAGUUGCCGAAGCAACCCUUGUUGAACUAGGUAUGGAUGUGGAAAUAAAAAAAUCAAGGACGAGACUAAAAUUGCAGCGACUCAGCUACAAGCUGAAAUUGAAGAAAUUUUCUGAAAGUUUGCCGAUGCCUCUUUUAUCGGCCACCAAAAAAGUAUUAAUUUUCAGGGAAUAUUUGUGGCUUUUGUCUUCAAGGUUGAUUCUACAGAUGCAUUCUGGGGUUGGAUCGAGGAGUCAUUCAUUCCUGGCAUUUAUGACACUACGUGGUAUAAUGACCAAAGUUUUGUUGCUCCGGAGGGAUUUCUAAGCACUCGAGAAGCAUUCUUGGUGGGCAUGCCUAGAUUCAAGCAAACUAGAAUUAAAGAAGGUAGGGUUUAGUAAGAGAUAGUUAGGUAAUUAACACAGACACUGAUAGAUAACGGAUAGGCCAUGAAAACUCGCUUCUUGAUCACAAAGCCUCGUCGCAAUGAUAGACUUUCUCCAGUGUCUCUAGCAGAAAAAAAAAUCCAAUAUUAUCGCAUUGUACCUUUUUGCUGCCGAAGCGUACAUGUAAAUAGCAAAUUGUAAAUACCUCAUUUUCCGCUCCCCUCAGGGCUUUUCAGGUAAAAUUGUUAAUAUCUCAUUAUCUACUCCACUCAAGGCCUUUCAGGGAAAAUUUACAACCCUAGUUGGGGGACUUUUGUCCGACUUCUUUUGGCGCAGUUUACAAGUAAUGGAGGGAAGUAAAGAGUUAUAAAUACCCCCUUACGUGGACAAAGUCCCGUAUUCCUUUGAACCAAUGUGGGUUCUUUAACGUCCCAAAGAAUGUAUUAUGCGUGCACAGGUUGUGAAAAGGGGCCUACUGUUUAUCGUCCUUAUCCCAGAAAACUAGAAAUUUCUCCUCAUUCAUUUGAAGGACCUGUGUAUUGUUCCAGCUGGUGUUUGAACCAGCGGCCUCCCGCUCGACAGAACGUUGCCUGCGCGCAGACGUCCAGUUUCCUCACGCACGCAGGCUAGGCAGAACGGCGCUUAUCCAGCUAAGCUUAUCUUGCAACCGUUAAGUAGAAUCUCUUCGACGAGCCUAAUUCACAGUCCCUAAAGCUUGUAGAGACGUGAAUAUCAUGUUCAUUUCUGUUCAUUUCUUCUUUUAGUAAAAGCAUGCAAGACUGCUAAAGUUUACUCGGAGGUAGAAGCCAUUUUCGGGCGAUGCAUUCCACUAUAUUCACCACAUAAUGAAGACGAUACACGUUUUAAUCUACCUGGGUGGGUACCAGUGACGAAUAUAAGUAAAUAUCACUCUGUAUAUGAAUUGCUGAGACUCUGCCCGAAGCCUUGGCGGUAUAAUACAUCAGUGGAGCUUGAUACUCUGUCAUAUUCCGGAAAGCAUGCUAAGUAUGAAGGUGGAGGAUACAUUGCUGAUCUCGGCUACAAUUCUCGAACAGCGUCUCGAGUUGUUCGUAACUUGGAAAGCAACGAUUGGAUUGAUGAAAAGACCGCAGCUGUCUUGAUAGAAUUUACCGUUUUUCAGCCUUCGACGUCUUUGUUUAGCGUGGCAAAGCUUCUUUACGAAGUUAUUCCAACUGGAAAACCAGAAACCCGUGCACGUUUUCACACGCUUUCCAUAUAUGGCACUUCUGAUCCCAGGCUGCGUUCUCUCUUCGUUGCCUGUCAAAUUAUCCUGUUAAUUUUAGUCGCUUAUUUUCUUAUACUCGAGGCUGUAAAGAUUUAUCGCCAACGCUGCUCGUACUUUGUAUCAUUUUGGAACUGGAUGAAUUUGCUUCAACUUGUCUCAGCAAUCAUAACAAUUGCAUUCUUCUUUUUCAAGGAGAAGUAUAUUUCAUCGUUUGUAAAACGAGUACAAGCGAACCCUUUCGAGACAGUGAGUGUUGACUACGCCCUCUUCUGGUCCGAUCUGGAGCUACUUGUAUUGUCAGUAGUUGUGUUCGUUGUCACCGUAAAAUUUCUACGGCUAAUUCGGUUCAACAGACACGUCUGUCAAAUGGUUGCCUCCCUCAAGAUUUCGUCGCCUAACGUGGCGUCCUAUUCUGUUCUGUUUUUCAUUAACCUGAUCUCGUUCGCACUCCUUGGAUAUCUUGUGUUCGGGAAUGACAAUAUAUCGUACCAUUCAUUCAUAGACGCAUUGGGCACCCUUAUUCAAAAGUUCCUUGGAGAUGAAGUGUAUUUUUAUGAACUUCAGUACAGUAACCGUAUCUUGGGUCCAACUUACAUAAUCAGCUUUAUGCUUAGCAUGACAUUUAUCCUCAUCAACAUGUUUUUGGCGAUUCUAAACGACUCCUAUGAAAGCGUCAGGGAACUUUCGGGCGGUAAAUUUGCAGACGCAGAGCUUGGUGAUUUCAUCAAGGAGUACUACUUAACGAGAAUCCAUCGCUUGCAUGAAAUACUGAAGCGAAAGCUUGGAAAUGUUGGCUUUAGACAUAAACUCUAUGACAGGUCUAGAAACGAAUCGAAAUCACAGAUAAAAGGAGACAGUGUUGGUAGUUUCACGUCAUUACCUUCUGAUUACCCUGCCAUCGUUGAAACGUGGGAUCCUGUAAACUCUUCAUCUUCUAAGCUUGCCUUACUAGAAAAUGAGAAGACUGCUAAGUGUGUAAUCAGUACUGAAGCUAUCUAUGUUAAUGAGGUAGCCAUGGAGGGAGAUCAACCUGAUUUCCAAAGUAAGCCGCCCUCUGUCGCAUCUGAUGACGGUUCUAACGAAGAACUUUUAGAUCUCUUGGGUGAUUUACCCGAGGCUUUACUCGCGCCAACGAUAGCUUCGCAAAAGACUGUGUCUAAUGAAGAUUUCAUAGAUCUGUUGGGAGACCUUCCUGAGUCCAUGGUAGAUGACGAUGAGACAAUCGAUAAUGUUCGCAAGCGGCUUGCUGAUGUUGGUGCAGUUGUGAGGCUCAACAAAAAUACCCUCAGAAGAUUUUCAACGACCGGAGACAAAUACAUUGUGCAGACUAAUGUUCAGAUGAUGGGACCGUCCGUUGCUUUAACCUUAAGACCAAGGCUAGAAAGUAAACCACUUGUCAUCCCGAAAUGA